CUCCGGGGAAGGAGGAAGGGUCAUGGAAAGUGGACGUGUGGACGUACGUGCGGCCCCUGUUGUAUCUCAAAGUUUGUGAAUUUUGCCCACUGGGCACUGCGGUGAAACUUGCAUGAGUAUUGAGUAUUUAGUAUCCUUUCAUUGCCUGGCUGUACAUGGAUCCAACCAAGCAAUCUCUUGUAGUAUACAAUGGCCCAACAGCAGCUGAUGGAGAAGUUCAACUGGUACUGCGGGGUGAACAACUCUGCAAACUUUGACAACUUCACUUGGGAUCUGAAGCACACCCUCUACAAUACCUGCUUCACCGAUCUCGUCUACACCGUGCCGCAUCUUCUCUUCAUCCUCCUCUCCGUCUUGGUGCUGUUCAUCCUCGGAUGCUGCACAAGAAUUCGCAAGGAGAAAUACCAGUACCUCAUCCAGUACCCAGGACACAAUUUCAGAUGGGUGGUCAUUCUCUUGCUGAUAACGCUUGCCGCGUGUUUGAUCGGAGAAGGCAUCUUGACUGACUUGACUAAUUAUGCUAAGGUGCCAACCAGACCCCACCUGUAUGUCCCAGCAGGACUGUUUCUCAUCUCGUCCCUACUGACUAUAGUCUUCUAUACCAAGAUGGAGGUAUGGAGUCGUCGACAUAUGACGUGGCUAUUAUUACUCUUCUGGAUUGGAGCCCUUGGUGGUGAAUGUACCCGUUUUUUAAAUUUCUACUAUGACUUCAACCAAGAGUUUAACUACCUUUUGUUGCGAGUGGACCUCAACAUUGUGGCCAUGGGGGUGUACUUUGUAUUCUUGUUGCUUGAACUCAACGUCAUCCGGAUAAAGAUCUUCUCGUGUUGUUCGGAGGAGGAUGGCUUCCCUGAGGAUCUGAUGAAGGAAGACAUGCAUUACAUGCAGGGCUACUCAAGUCUCCUCUCCUCGGCAUCCUACUUGUGGAUGAACUGGAUCUUCAAGAAAGGAUACAAGAGCACUCUAGAGAUGGCUGAUCUGGGGAGUCUGUCUGAGGUCCACACAACCAAAUACCAGAGGGAGAAUUUUACCAAUGCCCUCCUUAAGGAACAGGCACUUGCCAAGUUGUACAAGAAGCCACUAAGCCUGUACCGAGUGUAUGCGCGAGCAUUCGGUGCUCGUAUCGCACUAGGUGGGCUUGUAAAGAUCCUUGGAGACUUAUCUACCUUCAUACCCCCCUUGGCCCUAGCUGGUGCCAUUAAGUACGUCACAGGCAUCUACUACGGGGACAGCACCCCAGAUGAAACAAAUACCAAGUACAUCACAGCGUUAGAUUUCCUUAGGAACGGUUUUGUGUUGGUCAUAGUCAUUUUCUGGUCCAAUAUCAUCAAGCUGUUGGCCCAGCAGGGCCAUUAUCACAUCGUCAUCACGGAGUCCGCUCACAUCAAGGCCGCCCUGCAGGCAGCUGUUUAUGACAAGUCACUGCGUCUGUCCAGCUACACCAUGACCGGUGGCGCCAUGACGAUGGGUCAAAUCACCAAUCAUAUGUCGGUAGAUACAACCAACAUCCUCAAUUCAACGCAGUGGGUCCACUAUGUCUGGUCAAUACCCUUUGUGAUUACAGGGUAUCUAGUCAUUCUGUACUUUGAGUUGGGGAUAGCCGCCUUGAUUGGUUCUUUAAUCUUCUUCAUUACCCUCCCAAUUCAAGUUAUUAUCGCCAGACAGACAGCAAAGUAUCAGAAGAUAUCCAUGGCCAAAUCUGAUGAGCGACUGAAGAGGACCAAUGAGCUUCUUCAAGGCAUCAAGUUGAUCAAGCUGUACGGAUGGGAAGACAUGUUCUAUACCUCCAUCAGUAAAGUACGAGCUCUGGAGAUUUUGACCAUGAUGAAGCAGAUGGGAUGGAGGGUGGUGCUCAUGUCCAUCACUAAUGCCAGUCCACUUUUGGUGACGCUAGUGUCGUACAGUCUGUACACCAAGCUGACAGGCAAGCCUUUGACCCCCGACAUCGCCUUCGCUGCCCUCUCGGUCUUCAACCAGAUGUCAAUCCCAUUGUACCUGAUGCCUAAUGUCUUCAUCUUCCACAUCAAUGCUGUAAUCAGUACGGGUCGGCUCAGGUUGUUCUUCGAAGCCCCGGAGAUUGAAGAGUCCGAAGCUGACAGUGGGAAAAGUGCUGCCAGAUUGCGUGGAGAGAGAACUGUAAAUCCGGAGGUCGAGGUUCGUCAGCCAAGACGUCAGAAACGAGAGGACAGGCAAAGGUUGUUGUCCAGCAACAGCGACGACGCACACAGCACUGUUUCUCGCUCUCCGUUACAUGAAUCAUUUGGGAUAUCUGACAAUAUAGCAUUGAGGGUCAGAGGGAAUUUCAUCUGGGACGAAUCAGCCAACACACCCACCCUGAGGAACAUUGAUCUAGACAUCCCAAAAGGAAAGCUGACCAUGGUCAUUGGUCAGGUUGGGUCUGGAAAGUCGUCCUUGCUGUCGGCCAUUCUUGGUGAAAUGACCACAGUGUCUGGUGGAGUACAAUGGAAUGAGAAUAACCAAAGUAUUGCCUAUGGAGCUCAGAAAGCUUGGCUGCUGAACGCUUCCCUUAAAGAUAAUAUCAUAUUUGACACGAAAUAUGACCACACAAGAUACAAGAGAGUGAUAGCUGCGUGCUCCCUGCAGCCAGACAUAGACAUUCUCCCAGGAGGUGACCAGACUGAGAUUGGAGAGAAAGGAAUCAACUUGAGCGGUGGUCAGAAACAACGAGUCAGCGUCGGUAGAGCCAUGUACAGCUACAAUGAUGUGGUAGUUCUGGAUGAUCCCCUCUCAGCUCUUGACAUGCACGUUGGCGCUCACCUCUUCAAGGAAGGCAUCGAGGGAUUCUUGAUGAGAAAAAGCAAACGUACCGUCGUCCUGGUCACUCACCAGAUACAGUAUGCAGAAAAAGCAGACAAGAUUGUGUAUAUGAAAGACGGCUGCAUCCUCCAUCAGGGAACCCUGGAGGAUAUCCGAGAUGAGAACCCAGAGCUCGUUGCCAACUGGAGAGCCACGAUGAGGGAGAUGACAGAGUCUGAGUCGGAGCUGUCCGCAGCGGAGGAUGUCGAAGAGGAGAGGGCUAAACUGGUGCGACAAAUCUCUUCUUCCAAGGUCAUAGAUGACAAGAAAAUUGCCAAAGGUGACUCAUCAACUGGUCGUCUUGUCGAGAAAGAAGAGCGAGCUGAGGGGUCAGUCUCUUGGAAAGUGUACCUGUCUUACAUCAGAGCCCUAGGCUACUGGACAUUUAUCGCCUCGCUGGUGCUGGUAUUUAGCCAGAACGGACUGGGUAUUGGCACCAACUACUGGCUCUCGGCUUGGUCUGAGAAAGGGAAUAAUCUGACGCUGGAAAAUGCAACACAGGAAGAGCUACUGGAAUCUUUAGACUACUACCUCGGAGGUUACGCUGGUUUGUCAAUCGCUAGCAUCAUCGCUGGGGCUGCUGGGAUGACAUUGAUUUAUAUAUCAUCUCUCUUCGCUGCCAGACAACUUCAUAAUAGUAUGCUCAAUUCUGUCAUGAGGGCACCAAUGAGGUUCUUUGACACAACUCCAAUCGGCCGAGUCUUGAAUCGCUUCUCAUCAGACACUGCUACAAUCGAUCAGAGGCUCGGGGCGACCCUGGGUGGCUUCUUGCGUUUCACAGUCAACUGCCUCUCUGCCAUCCUGGUCAACGCUAUCGUCACAUGGUACUUCAUUAUUGCCUUGAUCCCUGUCUUCUUUCUGUACCUCCUGCUUAUGAAAGUCUUCAUCACUACGUCAAGAGAUAUUCAACGCUUAGACAGCAUCAGUAAGUCUCCAGUCUACGCUCAUUUCUCUGAAUCACUUGGAGGGUUGUCAACCAUCAGGGCUUAUAAGCAACAUCGGCGCUUCCAAAAGGCCUUAAUCAAGAAGAUCGAAUGUAGUAACCUGACUUUCCUCUACCUGAACACAGGCAACAGAUGGUUAGGGAGCAGACUGGAUAUGAUUGGAGCUACCAUCGUGUUGCUGGCCGGCCUAGCUACAAUGAUCUCUGCCUUGACCCAUAACUUGCAGCCCAGUCUCGUCGGCCUUGCAAUAACCUACGCUCUUAGUAUAUCAAGUCAGUUGAACUGGGUGAUUCGUCUGUCCGCUGAUCUAGAGAUGCAGAUGAAUGCAAUGGAGAGAGUAGAGUAUUAUAAAUCUAUUGAGACAGAGAAUUAUGACGGUAUCGUGGAUCCCGGUCCUGAUUGGCCAGAUAAGGGUGAGAUCGUAUACAACGGUGUCUCGGCACGCUACGCUUCGGACCUGGACCCUGUCCUCCAUGAUAUCGAUAUUCGGUUCCAACCCGGGGAAAAGAUUGGUAUUUGUGGUCGGACUGGCAGCGGUAAAUCCUCCCUUACUCUGACUCUCUUCAGGAUCAUUCAGACAUUCAAAGGGAGGAUCAUGGUGGAUGGUAUGAACAUUGCUCAUCUACCGUUAGGAGAAGUCAGACGUCGCUUUGCUAUCAUCCCACAGGACCCUGUACUCUUCACUGGUACAAUCAGGUUUAAUUUGGAUGCGAGGGGUGAGCAUGAUGAUGAUGCAUUAUGGGAAGCUCUUGAGAUCGCUCAGCUGAAAGGCGUUGUGUCGGAUUUGGAUCUCAAACUGGAUGCGAUGGUGACUGAAGGAGGAGAGAAUUUCAGCGUUGGUCAGAGGCAGCUCUUCUGCUUGGCUCGUGCCUUCUUGAGGAAGACUCGCAUCCUUGUCAUGGACGAGGCCACUGCAUCCAUCGACUUGGAAACGGACGCUAUUCUUCAAGACGUUGUGGCCCAUGCCUUUAAGGAGAGGACAAUCCUUACUAUAGCGCAUCGUGUGCAGACUAUCCUGGACUCUGAUCACAUCCUGGUGCUGAAUGAGGGUCGGAUAGCGGAGUACGACACCCCACAGAACCUUCUAGCUCAAGAGGACAGCAUCUUUGCCUCCCUGGUCAAGGCUGGCAAAUGAGAGUAGAAAAGAGUUUCAUAUUUGACCAAAACCUUGAAGGUGGGGGGGACUUCAAAAACUAUCGCCAUUGCUCGGGUCGUUAUUUUUUAAUAUUCAAGAUGAUGGCAACAUCUUGUGGUGUAUUUUUGAGCUGCUUGUGUGUCAAAACUUACUGCCUGUAGAAGACAAAGUGUUGUUUGAAAUGAGGCUUACACCUUUUGUUGUAUUGUGAAGCGAUUAUAACUUAAGUUUUCUUCUAUACAAGAUGAAUGACAAAAAGGCAUGCCAUUUUCAAUUAUCUUGGUAACCCACCUUUGUCAUCACAAUUAGGAGACUUUUUGUCAAAAAUUUUUGUGUUUUUCUUGUGUAAUACUUUAACUCUCAUAUACUUUUUUGUUUAAUACUAAUUCCCUUUGAGUGAUUUACUAAUAUUCUUCCUAACUUCAAAAAUAUCCAGCGCCAUACAUUGUAGUUUAGGUUGUUUCCCUCCAUGGGACAGACCUAGGGACCAAUUUCAUAGAGCUGAUAAGCACACAAAUUUGCUUAGCAUGAAAUGUCCUUGAUAAAAACAGGA